CUGACAUCCGUCUUUUAGGAAAUCUGUCCAAACCGGAAACAAACAAAUCAUAUGAUUUACUUUAGAAACAGUCUGUGAUCAAAAUGGCUCUCGCCGCUGCAAGAGGAAAACUAAUUGCUGUGAUCGGUGAUGAGGACACAUGUAUUGGUUUUGUACUGGGUGGUGUUGGUGAGAUGAAUAAAAACAGGAAUGCAAACUUCAUGGUUGUUGACAAAAAUACAAGUAUUGGUGAGAUUGAAGAAACAUUCCGUAGCUAUUUGAAGAGAGAUGACAUCGGGAUCAUAUUGAUAAAUCAGAAUGUGGCUGAAAUGAUUCGACAUGUAAUAGACAGUCAUGAUCUUCCAAUACCUUCAGUUCUUGAAAUCCCAAGUAAAGAUUCCCCAUAUGAUCCAUCAAAAGAUUCCAUUUUACGAAGAGCUAAGGGUAUGUUUGCAGCUGAAGACUUUAGAUAAACAAGAGUACACUAAAAGUCUACCUUGGAUAGAUAGUGACUUUGUAUAUUUCAUUAUUUUUUCUGUGUACCAUAGAAAAGGAUUACUUUAGGUACACAAAUAUUACUCGGAGCUGUAUAUAUUUUACAAAGCAUUUUAUUUUGCUGCUGUACUAAGAUAUGAGCAUUUCUUUUGUAAUAGGAAUUUCAUAAUCAUUUUGUCAAUAUCAUUAAAUGUAUAUUUAUGGUUGUUGUGUUAGGUUAAAAAUCAAGGCUAGUGAAGUCUGAUUGAAGAGUGUAAUUGACACAUGAUUGGUUGACUCAGUGGGGUCUGUAAAGAAGUAAUAAAAGUUGCUACCAAUUGAAUUUGUUCUCACAAUAUUUAAUAAAGAACAUUUCCCCCACAAA